UGUCCCAGCGUGCUCUGCGGGUAAACAGACAUGGCCGGCGAGGAGGGCCGGCGGGACGCUGCGCACGACAUGGGGAACCACCUGCCGCUGCUGCCCGCAGAGAGUGAGGAAGAAGAUGAAAUUGAUAUGGAAGUUGAAGACCAGCAAGAAAGCAACGAAGCCAAAAAACCAAGCAUCAUCAACUUUGACACCAGUCUGCCGACAUCGCACACCUAUCUGGGCGCGGAGAUGGAGGAAUUCCACGGCAGAACCCUGCAUGACGACGACAGCUGCCAGGUCCUCCCCGUCCUUCCACACGUGAUGGUGAUCCUGAUCCCGGGCCAGACUUUACCUCUUCAGCUUUUCCGCCCUCAGGAAGUCAGUAUGGUCCGGAAUUUAAUUCAGAAAGACAGAACCUUUGCAGUUCUUGCAUACAGUAAUGUACAAGAACGGGAAGCACAGUUUGGAACAACAGCAGAGAUAUAUGCCUACCGAGAAGAGCAGGACUUUGGGAUUGAGAUGGUAAAAGUCAAAGCCAUCGGAAGACAGCGGUUCAAGGUCCUGGAGCUAAGAACCCAGUCUGAUGGAAUCCAGCAGGCUAAAGUGCAGAUUCUUCCCGAGUGUGUGUUACCGUCCACCAUGUCUGCGGUUCAGCUCGAAUCCCUCAGUAAGUGCCAGCUCGUUCCGUCAAAGCCUGUCUCCCAGGAAGACCAGCACUCGUGCCAGUGGCGGCAGAAAUACCAGAAGAGGAAGUUUCAUUGUGCAAAUCUGACAUCAUGGCCUCACUGGUUGUACUCCUUGUACGAUGCUGAGACUUUAAUGCAUAGGAUCAAGAGACAGCUGCAUGAGUGGGACGAGAACCUGAAGGACGACUCUCUGCCAUCAAAUCCCAUAGAUUUCUCUUACAGAGUAGCUGCCUGUCUUCCUAUUGACGAUGUAUUAAGAAUUCAGCUCCUUAAAAUUGGUAGUGCUAUCCAACGACUCCGCUGUGAACUGGACAUUAUGAAUAAAUGCACAUCCCUUUGCUGUAAACAAUGUCAAGAAACAGAAAUAACUACUAAAAAUGAAAUAUUCAGCUUGUCCUUAUAUGGGCCCAUGGCAGCAUAUGUGAAUCCCCACGGCUACGUACACGAGACGCUCACUGUGUAUAAGGCUAGCAACCUGAGCCUGACAGGCCGGCCUUCCACGGAGCACAGCUGGUUUCCAGGGUACGCCUGGACCAUUGCCCAGUGUAGGAUCUGUGCAAGCCAUAUAGGAUGGAAAUUCACAGCCACCAAAAAGGACAUGUCACCUCAAAAAUUUUGGGGUUUGACCCGUUCUGCUUUGCUGCCCACAAUCCCAGAGACUGAAGAUGAACUGAGUGCAGACAAAGUCAUACUUUGUUUGUGA